AUGGGUGGAUCAACUCCCUUCACUCUCCUACUUCUUCUCAACAUCUUCUGCCUUGUCCACUCGACAAACUACUAUUUCAUUUUUGAAGGAAAAUUCCACUGUGAUAUUCUCAAUCGACAAUUCCAAUACAAUGUUCAGUUCUUCGAUGAAGACUAUAUGUGGUGGAACGAUGACGAUCCAAUCACUGAGCCAUAUAAAGAUAUUUCUCCCCCGGGAGACUCUUAUUUCCGAUCAAAAGGAAUGUUGGAUGGAGAUGAGUGGAUGGUGGAAGCUUUCGAUAUUAAAAUGGUUUUAUAUCACACUUGCACUCAAACGGGACAAGAAAAUAGAGUGGACAUGAGGUUCAGGCCAUCUGCCCAAAAUUCCUACAAUCUGGAUGAGAACAAGUAUUAUCGAUAUGACUUUGCGACAAAUAUUACAGAAUUGAGUGGAGAGAAAAUUCAGAUGGCUAGACUUUAUAAAAGUGGACAAAAUAAGUGA